AUGCCGGCAAUCAAGAAGCGCAAGGUAGCCAGCGAGGCACCUGCAUCUGCACCUGUAGAUGAUAACGAUGUCAGCUCUGUGAGCUCUCAGUCUGCCGACGAGGCCGCCGAUCACGAGGCCACCAAUUCCGAUGAGAAGUCUACCAGCGCUCUGAAGACUUUCAAAGAGCUAGGAGUGAUUGACUCUAUUUGUGAGGCGUGCACCAAUCUCGGAUACAAAGCGCCAACUCAAAUCCAAGCAGAGGCCAUUCCAUUGGCUCUUCAAAAUCGUGAUCUUAUCGGCCUUGCGGAGACAGGCUCAGGAAAGACAGCAGCAUUUGCUAUCCCGAUUCUUCAAGCGCUCAUGGAGAGUCCCUCUGCUUUCUUCGCGCUGUGUCUCGCUCCAACCCGUGAACUGGCAUACCAAAUUGGAAAGUCUUUCGACUCCCUUGGCUCUACGAUAAACGUUCGAACAACAGUUAUUGUCGGAGGCAUGGAUAUGGUCCCCCAGUCUAUCGCUCUGGGCAAGAAGCCGCAUAUCAUUGUAGCAACACCUGGUCGGUUGCUUGAUCAUUUGGAAAACACAAAGGGUUUCUCCUUGCGUGCCCUGAAAUAUCUCGUUAUGGACGAAGCCGAUAGAUUGCUUGAUAUGGACUUCGGACCGCUUCUUGACAAGAUCCUCAAGGUCCUUCCCCGCGAGCGUCGCACGUUCCUGUUUUCUGCAACUCUCAGUUCAAAGGUCGAAUCGUUACAACGCGCCUCUCUCUCCAACCCACUUCGAGUAUCAGUCUCUUCCAGCAAAUACCAGACUGUCUCGACCCUCCAACAAUACUUCCUCCUCCGCCCCCACAAACACAAAGAUGUCUAUCUAAUCUACCUGCUGAAUGAGUUUGUCGGUCAGUCGGCCAUCAUCUUCACGAGGACUGUUCAUGAGACGCAACGUGUUGCCUUCCUUCUCCGCACCCUCGGCUUUGGUGCUAUCCCUCUUCAUGGACAGCUUUCCCAAUCAGCUCGACUGGGUGCCUUGGGCAAAUUCAGAUCCCGUAGCAGAGACAUCCUCGUUGCGACAGACGUCGCUGCUCGUGGUCUCGAUAUUCCCUCUGUCGAUGUGGUUUUGAACUUCGACCUUCCCACCGACAGCAAAACCUACAUUCAUCGUGUGGGUCGUACUGCCAGAGCAGGCAAGUCCGGAGUAGCGAUCAGCUUCUGCACUCAGUACGAUGUGGAGAUCUGGCAAAGAAUCGAGGGUGCUCUUGGCAAGCAGCUUUCGGAGUAUGAAGCCGCCAAGGACGAAGUCAUGGUGCUUGCAGAGAGGGUUGGCGAGGCUCAACGCCAGGCGAUCAUGGAGAUGAAGAGCAUCGAUGAGAAGAAGGGAACCAGAGGCAAGAGGUUUGGCAAGGGCAAGCGCUCUCGCGAUGAGAUGGAUCAGGAGGAAGGUUAA